CCUGAUUACAACCCUGCUAAGAAGGACCUUGAUUUCGCAGCCAAUUCUUUGGGCACUGGAGCUUGGAUAUUGUAUCCUCCUGUGUAGAGUGCCUCUGCAUUCCCACGGCCAGUUUCGCAAGGCUGAACGUCCUCUCGCACUCCGUUGACAUGGGUGGAAGAGAGCAAGUCGAGCGCCAUCAGCCUAGGAAAUCGCUCCUGGUUACUCAACCACCACUGCAACGGAUCUUCCACCGGCCUAACAGGCUCGCCAAGGUAGGCUGCUACCUCAUCCAGGCCGUGGAGAGCCUCGGGCGGAUCGUAGAAGUCAUCUCCAUAGAGGUAGUGUUGUAACGGGCUGAACCCGAGAUGGGCCUCGAUGACCCUCGGCCAGCUCUCGUAUAAGCACGGUCCACCAAACCCCCUGGAUGAAGCUAUUCCCACUCGACCCACAGUGUUGAACCUUCUAGCAGCGCACAC